CUUGGUUGAAAAACAAAACCGCAGUGAGUUUCUGCUGACCUUUGACCUCUUGAGAGCAAACGAGAUCAGGUAUGGGCUGGCACACCAUGGCUAGGUUUCAUUCUAGAAAACUGAUCCCUCUGUCCUUGUUAUAUGGCAGAAACUAGGUGGAGCUAAUGUAUGUAAGGGGGAAACCAUUCGAGAAUAGAAGGGGAUAAAAUAAAAUGUAGAGCUUGUGUUGUGGAUGGGGUUGGGUCUAGUCAUGUGACAAACAAAACAACAUCCAAUUUAAACUUGAGUGGGUGUGCAAGCAGGUUAGCAGGAAAUAGCUAGGCUUUAACAGAGCUCUGUUGAUGGUUUCUCACAGAUUUUUUCACUUUGGAACCUUUCAGAUGUGUCUACUUCUUCUACUCCACUUAGAAACACAAUCAUCAGCCUACACUCAGACCAGUCAGAGUCAAAUAAAAAUGGACAAAGACAGUUAUACACUAAUUCCGCGUUCGUGCUAUAAGAAUUAUCGGAAGCUCAAAGUUCCCUGUGGGAAAUUUCGCUUGAUAGACACACCAAAUCGUAAUUACAAGUGGGAAACAGAAAAUUGUGUUUGCCAAGUUGUGACUUUUCACUCACUGACCUUUUACCUUUUCAACCAAAGGAUGACAAUCAGUUUAUUACAAUACAUAUUGACCUUAUCAAUAUGUAUAAUGUAGCUAAUUUGACCAUAUGUUAAAACAAGCUAGCUAAUAACUGGGAACUCGGAAAGAAAUGUGGUCAAAUCAUGACAUCAGUGAUCUUUAGGUCAGAAAGUCGGAACUAGUUUCCGAUUUAGAAUUCCGUGUUGGAUGACCGUUCAAAACGAUUUAUCCUAAUCGGAUAUCGUUUUCCUCCUAGUUCCCAGUUGUCGUGAACACGCUAUAGCCGGAGAUUUACCAGUUCCUAGUUGUUUUGAACGCGGCAUUACAGAGACUCACCAACCAAUCGAAUAAGAGAAAGGAGGCCUAAUCAGCCGAUCGGAUAAAGAGUGAAAUGUAAAUUAGCCAAUGAGAGUUAGACAGAGCAGCUGGAUAUAAUUUAGACUAGCCAAUCACAAUAAUGCCAUAGAGUGGAAUCUGCAGUGGAAUAUGCCGGAACAUUGGCAGUGCAUCCUGGACCAGCAUGCGAGAGAAAUGGACAAAGAGAGUGAGAAGUGGGCCAGAAUUCUGUGGGACUACCUUUGUCUGCCCCAUUCUCUGGAAAAGAGUGAUGUCAUAAUAGGCCUGGGUUGCCAUGAUGUGCGUGUGGCGGAGAGGUCAGCCGCUCUCUUCCUGGAAGGGUGGGCUCCUUGGCUGCUCUUCACUGGUUAUCAAGGCAACCAGACUGCAGGUGUGUGGUCGAGGCCAGAGGCUGACGUGUUCCUGGAUGUGGCUCUGAGGAUGGGAGUGCCCAGGGUGAACAUACUGCUGGAGACAGAGGCCACCAACACUGGAGACAACAUCUGCUUCUCAUACAGGCUCCUCAAGGAGAGAAACAUCCCAGCCAACAGGGUGAUCCUGGUCCAGCAGCCCUUUAUGGAGCGCAGGGUCUCUGCAACAUUCCUGCGCCAGUGGCCUGACCAAGGGGAACACACGCAUGUCAUCGUUACCUCCCCCCAGAUGGGCAUCUCUGCCUACCCCCAUCCCACUGUGGGCACUGCCACGGACCUCAUCACAUACAUGCUAGGUGUUCUAGAGAGGAUCCGUGACUACCCACAGAAAGGUUUCCAGGUGGAACAGGAGAUCACACCCAGUGCUCUCUCUGCCUACCACUGGUUCCUGCAGGCUGGCUACAUUCCCAAGUGAAUACACAACACACACACACUUGUGCUUAAGUUUCGCUAUGGACAUGUUGAUGCUGCAGAUGGUUGGGAAUUUAACAUUAAAUUUCAGUACAUUCAUA